UUGCAGAAUCAGCUGCUUUUCACAAUGACUUUCUGCCUUGCAAUUGUCGCCCUGGUUUUUGUGCCUCUUUUCAUCGUCACUUCCCCGAGGGCGAUUCUCUACGAAGUCCAGGGCCCUGAGUCUGGGCCGUCCGAGGAGGGGGAAAGUGCCCUCGAGAACUACUCUGCAAGAACGGUCACUGAGAGCACCUGGUACGAGAAACUCUACGACUUCUCCAUCAUAAGGACAGAUGAUGACGUUACAAGCAAGAACACAAACAUAGCCUUCUUCACGAGCAUAAGCGUUGACACGGAGGUAAAGAGUCUCCUGCAGCUGAGCCCGUCGCCUCUGCAAAGCAACAGGUCGUACGAGGUCUUCCAAAACCUCCCGGAAGUUCCCCCCGUAUUCUUCGCGGAGAGCAGCACCCCAGCCCUCCAGUACACGAUACGAGCGGACAACCUGAACCUCCGGAACAGGCAAACUGCCGUCUGCAUCUUCUACGCUGAUCCCUCAGAGAGUGCCCUCAGAGGAUACGUGCUCAACAACAUAACAAUGCGCGCCCGGAAAACGACAGAGAUCAUCCUCCUCCUGGACGAGGAGAGAGACUUCGUCCGCCUCAUAGACCUCGACGGAAACAGCCUCAGCAUCUCCGAGGAGUAA